UGUUAGAUUCACAGAAAAUAAAGACAAAGUUAUUGACCUUAAAUAACUGAGAAUUUUCUGAGGGAGCCAGAUAAACAAAAUGAGAGUAUGCCAGUAUAACAUAUUGAGAACCUUAAUAGAACUGGGCAAAUGGAUCCCUAGAAGAAUGUUGGAGUGAUGCUUAAUGCAUAUUGUGAAUGUUCAGGAAGCUUUUAUGGGAGAUAUAGCCUAAGCUGUGCUUUGAAGGAUCAGUAGGAUUUUGGCAGGUAAAAAUUGGAAGUCAGUAGCAAAGACAUGAAAUCGACUUAAAUUGUGCAUCAGUGGUAGACUGGACAAAGAAAACAUGAUACAUAUGAAACAUGGAAUAUUAUGUAGCCAUAAACAAGAACAAGAUUAUGUCCCUUGUAGAAACAUGGUUGGAGCUGAAGCUAUCAUCCUUAGCAGUAAAUUAAUGCAGGAACAGAAAACCAAAUACUGGAAGUUCUCACUUAGAAGUGGGAGCUAAAUGAUGAGAACGCAUGGACGCAAAGAGGGGAUCAACACAUGCAGGGGUCUACUUGAAGGGGGAGGGUGGGAGGAGGGAGAGAAUCAGAAAAAAUAACUGUUGGGUACCAGGCUUAGUACCUGUGUGAUGAAAUUAUCUGUACAACAAACUCCUGAGACAUGAGUUUACCUAUAUAACAAACCUGCACAUUUACCCCUAACCUAAAAUAAAAGUUAAAAAAAAUUUGAUGAAGUGGGCAAGAUGUUUCAAAGAAAGUAACACAUUGAAAAGUUCCAAGAAAUUUUACGGUGGACUAUGGUGCAUUGGAAAAAAUCCUGUUGCUUUUAUUUUACUAUAUUGUAUCUGACCUCUGUUUUACAUCACUUCAGAUCUUUGCCUCAACUGUCUCUUGCUCUAGCCACCACUGCAGUGGCCAUCCUGCAUGGGCUCCAUCUACUUUCUUGCAAGUGUUACCUAAGAAUGCCUCGUUUUGUGCCUUUGCUGUUUGCUUCCCCCACUCUGGUCUGGGGAUUUCUUGUUCAUUAUUGAGAUAGAAAAUGCUAGGACAUCUCCCAGUGCCCAAGUAUGUGUGUACCUGGAAAUACAGGAGAGAUAAUGGCCUCUGGAGUAAAAAAAUCUAAAUUAGGUUUGAUUACAUUCCACAAGGCAUGUUUGUUCCACAUGUGGGUUACAGCUGUAUUCUUACAAUUCUCAUGACUGGCUGGGGGCAAAUCCUGGACAUAAUUACCUGAAACACUCAUUGUCCUUAGAAUAAUGAGCUUUUCAAAAAUGAAAAUUGUUGUAAUGAGGCCACAGUGUCUAUGUUGUGUGCUCCACCCAUUUCUGGUGGUAUAUAAAGGUCUCAGGGCAGACGAUGACAUUCAGACUUCAGAAUCACAUCCCUGUUUCUCUACGGAACUACUAAACACCCAUCUCUAGGCACCAUGUGUUGCAACUACUACAGAAACUCAUGUGGUAGCUAUGGCUAUGGCUGUGGCUAUGGCUGUGGCUCUGGAUGUGGAUAUGGCUCUGGCUAUGGCUGUGGCCGUGGCUAUGGCUCUGGAUAUGGCUGUGGAUAUGGCUCUGGCUACAGCUGUGGCUGUGGCUCUGGCUACGGCUGUGGAUACGGCUCUGGCUACGGCUGCGGAUACGGCUCUGGCUCUGGCUGCUGUGGCUACCGACCAUUUUGCUACAGAAGAUGCUAUUCCACUUGCUGCUAAUCAUCAUUACAGAUCAUCCUUACCUUUGCAGUGACCAUUCCAAGAGCAAGUUCAAUUUAAAUUUUCCCUAUCCACUAUCUUGACAUAUAAGUAAAGAUUGACUGUGGUCCAUUGACCAUCUGAAUGCAUAGAAGAGAAGCUGCAGCGGAUGGAGACUGAGUAGUUAUAUCACAUCACUGAAGAGAGGAGAUCUAUUCUGAUUAAUUUUCAAAUGUAAAUUCAGACAUCUUUUUUCCAUCUUUCUGCCAUGACUAUUUGCAGAAGCACAAGAGGACUGUAUAAUUGGAAUGUACUAAAAUGAAACAAAAAUAGAAUUUUCUUAAUAAAAGGCCUUUUUCACUAAGAAAUCUCGCCUCCUUAAUGUUAGAAUCAGCAUUAAUUGGAGGGUUUGUGGCUUCCUCAAAAGCUGGCGACAAUGUUAUCUUAUUAGUUGAAUCCAAAUACUGAUGUUUACCAUAUUUCUUAAUUCCUUGUGUGUUAAUUAUUUAAAUUUGUAUUUAAAUAUA